AGGUGACGCCCUCUCAGCAUUUCUUCACUCAGUUUUUAAACCUAAAAAAACUUCCCGUGCGUUAUUCCACUAGUCAUUAAAUGUCUUCAAUUAUGAGUACCUAAUGUGUUAGACGUAUUGGUUUUCAAAACGUGUCAGACGAAAGUUUUUAAGCAGGCGACCUUCCAAUUUUAUUUUGAAAGUUUACAUAAAUUGAGUUCCGUCAUAUUUAACAACCCCGGCUUGAAACUCCGAAGAAAAGUCCGUCUUGUCGAGGGUUCCAGGUUCGAGAGUCUGUCAAAGUGGUUGCGAAGUGGUUUUCUUCACUAUACUUGUGUUAGCAUUUGAGCAGACAUGGCGCUCACCGACGCCGACGUCCAGAAGCAGAUCAAGCACAUGAUGGCCUUCAUUGAGCAAGAGGCCAGUGAGAAAGUGGAAGAAAUCGAUGCUAAGGCAGAAGAGGAGUUCAACAUUGAAAAAGGUCGCCUUGUCCAGACCCAGCGAGUUAAAAUAAUGGAAUACUAUGAAAAGAAGGAGAAGCAGAUAGAACAGCAUAAAAAAAUCCAGAUGUCCAAUCUGACGAACCAAGCCAGGCUAAAGGUGCUGAAGGUCCGAGAUGACCUGAUCACGGACCUUUUAAGUGAGGCCCGUCAAAGACUUGCAGAGACUGCCAAGGACCCCGAAAGAUACGCCAAACUGUUGGAGGGCCUUCUGCUUCAGGGAUUUUUUCAACUAUUGGAACCAAAAGUGACAGUUCGCUGCAGGAAGCAGGAUGUGGAAACGGUGCAGGCAGCAGUUAAUAAUACCAUCCCUGUUUACAAAGAAGCAGUCAAAAGCACAGUGGCAGUCAGAAUCGAUCAGGAUCGCUUUCUUCCUUCCGACAUCUGUGGAGGAGUGGAAGUCUACAAUGACAAUGGGAAGAUCAAGGUUUCCAACACUCUGGAGAGCAGGCUUGAACUCAUCGCACAACAGAUGAUGCCUGAAAUCAGAGUCAGCUUGUUCGGGGCCAACCCAAACCGUAAAUUCACAGAUUAGCGGCGGCCUGGAAGGCGGUGGCGUGGACUCGGGCGGAAUCUUUAAGGUGACCACGUAAAGGAGCUUGUCGGACGGCUUGCCACUUAUCGGAGUCAAAGAAAAUGAUGUAAUUCAGGGGCUGUGUUCAUGUGAUUUCUAAUUUAGGAUUAUUCCUAAAUGCUUUUUGACCCCUGUCUUUACCUCUCUGGGAGAUGUCUACGUUACUACUUCAUCAGGCUUUGGCAAUGCAUUGCUUUUAAGCUGUUUCAGGGCAAAUAACCAAGCUAUCAACCAAAGACACUUUCACUUAAUUUAUCUCCAUUUUGUUUUGACCACAGUUAAAUCUAAGUUGUUAAUUAGUUGCUUUUGUAUCUUUGCGUGUGAGUGUGUGUGUGUGUU